AUGGUUUCUACUAUUGGAUGGACAGUCGAAGACUGGAAGAAAGCACAUUACAGUGCAACUCCAAAAGAGUCAUUCAAGUUAUUAAUCAACCUUCUCAAAUCACAAAAGGCAGCUCCGGAAGAUCCAGCAUGGAUUUCUUUAGCUACUGUUGAAGAUUUAACUCACCAAUGGAAUUUUUUACAAACAAAAGCCAACAAAACAUCACUUCCAUUAUAUGGUGUUCCCAUCGCCGUUAAGGACAAUAUCGACGCUAAGGGAUUUGAAACAACUGCUGCUUGUCCAUCAUUUGCAUACAAACCGGAAAAAGAUGCCACAACUGUUAAAUUGUUGAGAGAUGCUGGUGCAAUCAUAAUAGGGAAAACAAACUUGGACCAAUUUGCUACUGGACUAGUUGGUACCAGAUCACCAUACGGAAUAACCCCAAAUACGUUCAAUAAAGAGUUUGUCAGUGGUGGAUCCUCUGCUGGUUCGGCAUCUGUUGUUGCAAGAGGAAUUGUGCCAAUAUCAUUAGGUACUGAUACGGCUGGUUCAGGCAGAGUCCCAGCUGCAUUGAACAACAUCAUUGGUUUGAAACCUACAAAAGGUGUAUUCUCAUGCAGCGGUGUAGUUCCGGCUUGCAAAUCGCUAGAUUGUGUUUCCAUCUUUUCCACAACAUUAAAAGAUGCCCAGUUAACUUUUGAGAUCAUGGCAAAAGAAGAUGGAGAGAAUGAUGAGUAUUCCAGAGAAAUGCCAGCUAACCCGUUAUUGAAAUUCUCGAAAAAGCCAAGAGUUGUUGUGCCAACCAACUUGAUAUGGUGUGGUGAAACUGAAAAUCCUGGGUUAUACAACAAAGCAGUUGAAAUCUUUGGAAACGACGUCGGGGCUGAUUUAGUCUCGUUGGAUAUUGAACCUUUGCUUGAAUUAGCGAGGUGCUUAUAUGAAGGCCCCUGGGUUACAGAAAGAUUUGUUGCUGUGCGAGACUUUUUGACAAUAAACCCACCGACAAAAGAUUUGGAUCCUACUGUGCUCAAGAUUAUCAAGGGUGGUGAGCACUACUCAGCUGCACAAUGCUUUGAGUUUGAAUACAAGAGACAAAAAAUCUUGCAAAAAGUAAAGAGAUUGUUGAAGGGUGUUGAUGCAAUAAUUGUUCCAACUGCUCCCUUGACUCCAAAAAUUGAAGAUGUUCUUGCUGAGCCAAUCAAGGUCAAUUCAUGUCAAGGUACGUAUACAAACUUUGUCAACUUGGCUGACAUGUCAGCGUUGGCUAUUCCUGCUGGAUUCAGAAAAGAUGGUCAACCUUUUGGUAUUACCUUGUUGUCACAUAAGUUUAAUGAUUAUGCAUUAUUGGAUUUGGCAAGCCGGUACAUGGAAUCAUACACCAAGACUGUACCAUUCUUUUAUGGUGCAUUAAAAGACAAAUUGAUUGAAUCAACCAUCACGGAAGAGUUGCUUCCAAAUAUUCCCAAAACUGUGCCAUCAGAACAAGUGAAAUUGGCUGUUGUUGGUGCCCAUUUACGAGGAUUCCAAUUACACUGGCAGCUAGAACAAGUGGAUGCAAGGUUCAUCGAGUCCACCACGACCUCAAAGAAUUAUAAACUAUACGCAUUACCAAAAACCGGGCCAGUGGCCAAACCUGGUUUAAGAAGAGUAGGAGAAAAUGGUGCUCAUAUUGCUGUUGAAGUUUACUCCAUACCGAAAGAAAAAUUUGGAACAUUCAUUAAUUUCGUUCCUGAGCCAUUGGGAAUUGGGUCUGCUGAAUUGGUUACUGGUGAAUGGGUUAAGUCCUUUAUUUGUGAAGAGUCUGGUUAUAAUGCUCCUGGUACAGUUGAUAUUACAAUACAUCGUGGUUGGAAAAAUUACCAGAAUCACCUAGCUGCUGAAUCGAAAAACCACAAAAAACCAUUCAACUCAGUUUUGGUGGCAAAUAGAGGAGAAAUUGCUGUACGUAUAAUCAAGACCUUGAACAAAUUGGGUAUCAAAUCGAUUGCUAUAUAUUCAGAUCCCGACAAGUAUGCUGAACAUGUUACUAGUGCUGACGUGGCGAUCCCAUUGCAUGGUACAACAGCUGCGCAAACAUACAUUGACAUUGAUAAGGUGAUCAACGCUGCCAAGGAGUCAGGAGCAGAAGCUAUCAUUCCUGGUUACGGAUUCUUGUCGGAAAACGCCGAUUUUUCUGAUCGUUGUGGAAAAGAGGGUAUAGUUUUUGUUGGUCCUUCCGGUGGUGCUAUCCGCAAAUUAGGUUUGAAACAUUCAGCUCGUGAAAUUGCUGAAAAUGCAGGUGUUCCGUUAGUUCCCGGAUCAGGUUUGGUUAAGGAUGCUAAAGAGGCUAGAGAGAUUGCUGCCCAAUUGGAGUACCCCAUCAUGGUGAAAUCAACAGCUGGUGGAGGUGGUAUUGGUUUACAGAAAGUUGACUCUGAAAAAGACAUUGAAAGGGUUUUUGAAACUGUUCAGCAUCAAGGAUUGUCAUAUUUUGGUGAUUCUGGAGUGUUUCUUGAACGUUUUGUUGAAAACGCUAGGCAUGUGGAAAUCCAAAUGUUGGGUGAUGGUAAUGGUAGUGCUAUUGCCGUUGGUGAAAGAGAUUGCUCUUUGCAAAGAAGAAACCAAAAAAUUAUUGAAGAAACACCAGCUCCCAACUUGCCAGAAGUUACACGUCAAAGAAUGAGAAAAGCUGCUGAAAGUUUGGGCUCUUCAAUGAAGUAUAAAGGUGCUGGUACUGUUGAGUAUAUCUAUGAUCCGAAGAGGGAUGAGUUUUAUUUCUUGGAGGUCAAUGCUAGAUUACAAGUUGAGCAUCCGAUCACAGAAAUGGUUACCGGUUUAGACUUGGUGGAAUGGAUGCUUUUGAUUGCAGCCGAUACACCUCCAGAUUUCUCCCAAAAAAUUGAGGUAAAUGGUGCAUCAAUGGAGGCUAGAUUGUAUGCUGAAAACCCAGCCAAAGGCUUCAAGCCUUCACCGGGUCAAUUGACUGAAGUCAAAUUCCCCAAAUGGGCCAGAGUUGACACUUGGGUUCAAAAGGGUACUGUGGUCUCAGCUGAAUACGAUCCAACAUUAGCAAAGAUCAUUGUCCAUGGUAAAGACAGAAACGAUGCGUUGAAAAAGUUGCGUCAAGCUUUAGAUGAGACUGUUAUUUAUGGUUGUAUCACCAAUAUUGAUUACCUUCGUUCAAUUGCCAACUCUAAAAUGUUUGAAGAGGCUAGAGUGGCUACUAAAGUAUUGGACACAUAUGAGUAUAAACCACAUGCUAUUGAGAUUUUGAGUCCUGGUGCUUACACUACAGUUCAAGAUUUUCCAGGUAGAAGAGGGUAUUGGAAUAUCGGUGUUCCACCUUCAGGAUGCAUGGAUCAAUACUCAUUCAGACUCGCAAACAGAAUAGUUGGUAAUGAUAGUACUGCUCCCGGUUUAGAAAUUACGCUCAAUGGUCCAAAGAUUUUGUUUCACCAAGAAUGUGUUGUUGCUGUUACCGGUGGUAAAGCAACCAUUGAAGUCAAUGACAAGCAAGUUGCCCAAUGGGAACCAAUUGCGAUCAAGAGUGGUGACACAUUGUCCAUUGGAAAGUUGACUACUGGUUGUCGAGCAUAUUUGGCCAUUAGAGGUGGUAUUGAUGUUGUUGAAUACUUGGGAUCAAGAUCAACAUUUGCUUUGGGUAACUUGGGUGGUUACAAUGGAAGGGUUUUGAAAUUUGGUGAUGUUUUGUUCUUAGGUCAACCUGAAGUCUCGAUUUGCACGUUAGCCCCACCAGUGUCGGAGCCUACACCAGUACCAUCAUCACUUAUCCCCAACUACAACAAUAAGGUUUGGCAAAUUGGUGUCACAUGUGGACCUCAUGGAUCUCCAGAUUUUUUCAAGCCGGAAUCUGUUUCAGAAUUUUUUUCUUCAACCUGGAAAGUUCAUUACAACUCAAACAGAUUUGGUGUUAGAUUGAUUGGUCCAAAACCGAAAUGGGCUAGAUCUGAUGGUGGUGAAGCGGGUCUACACCCAUCAAAUGCUCAUGAUUAUGUGUACUCUAUGGGGGCUGUUAAUUUUACUGGUGAUGAACCCGUUGUCUUGACUUGUGACGGUCCAAGUUUGGGAGGAUUUGUUUGUGAAGCAGUUGUCGCUGAAGCAGAGUUGUGGAAGAUUGGUCAAGUGAAACCUGGUGAGUCGAUUCAGUUUAUUCCCGUCACCUAUGACUCUGCCAAACAAUUGAAGCGUCAACAGGAUGCAAGUAUUAAAACCUUGAAAGGUGAACUAGGUGAUGUGGAAAGUUAUGGAUUGGUGCACCCAGAAACGCCAGUGCUUUGCCAAAUUCAAGUAUCGGAAACGUCGCCAAAGAUUACUUACCGUCAGGCUGGUGAUAGAUAUAUUCUUGUUGAGUAUGGUGAAAACAUUUUGGACUUGAAUAAAGCAUAUAGGAUCCACAAGUUGGUGGAAAUGGUUAAAGAGUAUAAACCAAGGGGAAUCUUUGAAUUGUCACCUGGAGUGCGAUCAGUUUUGGUUGAGUUUACCGAUGAGAUUACUCAACAGGAGGCAUUAGACACUCUUGUUGCUUACGAGAAGGAGAUUGCGUUUGUCAACAAAUGGAGAGUCAAGUCUAGAGUUAUUAGAUUACCAAUGGCAUUCGAAGAUCAAAAGACUUUGGAUGCAGUCAAGAGAUACCAAGAGACCAUCAGAAGUGAAGCGCCUUGGUUGCCAAACAAUGUUGAUUUCAUAGCCAAUAUUAAUGGCAUCACUAGAAAUGAUGUUAAAGAUAUGUUGUACACCGCUAGGUUUUUGGUUUUGGGGUUGGGAGAUGUUUUCCUUGGGGCACCAUGUGCUGUGCCAUUGGAUCCAAGACAUAGGUUUUUGGGUACUAAAUACAACCCGUCAAGAACCUAUACGCCUAAUGGUACCGUUGGUAUUGGUGGUAACUACAUGUGUAUUUACACAAUGGAAUCACCAGGCGGAUAUCAAUUGGUUGGUAGAACGGUGCCAAUUUGGGAUAAAUUGACUUUGGGUGAGCACUCUGGAGAGAAGCCAUGGUUGUUGUCACCAUUUGAUCAAAUUGAGUUUUAUCCAGUUAGCGAGGCUGAAGUUGACAGGUUUUCCGAAGAAAUGAAUGUUGGUAGGUUUAGGGUUGAUAUAGUUGACUCUGUAUUCGACCAUGGUCAAUACUUACAAUGGAUCCAAGCCAAUUCGGAAUCAAUUGAACAAUUUCAACAAUCUCAAGGUGGUGAAAAAAUGGAAGAGUUUAAUAGAUUGAUUCAAAUUUCAAAUAGUGAAUUGGAACAAAAUGGAACAAAAGUGCAAGAGGAUGAAAAGUUUGGUGAGAAUGCUGAAAUGGUGUACUCGGAGUACUCCGGUAGGUUCUGGAAGAGUCUUGUAAAUGUUGGUGAUGAAGUGAACAAAGAUCAACCGUUGAUUGUUGUUGAAGCUAUGAAGACGGAGAUGAUGGUCAACGCACCAAAAGGAGGUAAAGUGGUCAAGGUGUAUCACAAGAAUGGUGAUAUGGUUGAUGCAGGUGACUUAGUGGUUGUUAUAGAGUAA